AUGACUCGGGGAUUUUCAACGUCAUUUGGAGAGCCUCUCAGCGAGCUAUCGAAGAAAUAUGUGAAGGAGGUGCGGUCAAGGAUAACACAGCCAAUAAGUCCAAUAGUAAGAUCGAAGCUUGAUCGUUUCACCGUAAGAUAUUUAGCACAUUUAGCGUGGUAUGCAAGUACAGUUUUUCAGGAUAGCGAAUCAGUGAGGACAUUCGAUGAGAAUCCAAUUUUCCAGAAAAGGCUCAUGCCAAAGGGAGAAAUCCUUGAUGUUACGGAUAACAAAAAUAGACUUCUAUGGUACAUAGAAUACGCUACUAUAGCUGUGGAGGAACUAGCUUGUGCCCUUCAAAGUUCACAAGUGUGCAAGUAUCAAUUUUGGCAGUUUGAAUAUAUGCUUCGUAGGGUGAUGGAACAGGAAAGAAAAACUGGACGGCUAAGUUCUAUACGGCAUAUCAUUGACAUGACUGGCUAUGAGAUUAAUCCUUUCACAAUGGUAUUUGUGACUAAUGGCACGCUAGCAUAUUAUUCUCAACUAUUUCAUUAUGAAAACUACCCGGAGCUGGUCACUCCAAUCGACAUAGUUAAUAUUGCAAAGUGGAUUCAUGUUCCCUAUAAACUUGCCAAAGCAAUGAUGCCGGCAGGAUUUUCGGAUCGGUUUCGCUUGCACGAUAACAAUUUUUUGAAAGAACUCACAGAAGACAUAGGUUUGGAGCACAUACCAACCACUUUGGGUGGAAAAGACGAUGUAAGACCUAUGAAGAGAAUUUUCCUUCAACUCUAUGUAAAGUUCCUUAUAGAGCAUAGUAUGUAUUGGUGCAGCCAAGCCGAACCAGACGGACCACAACAAGGACAACCAAGAAAUGCACGCUCAUCUGGAGUGCUUGCACAUCCCAGCUCGUAA